AUGGCACCAAAAGCUGAGAAGAAACCCGCCUCCAAGGCCCCUGCUGAGAAGAAGCCAGCUGCCGGUAAGAAGACCGCCGCUUCUACGGACGCCAAGAAGAGAACAAAGACCAGAAAGGAGACCUACUCUUCUUACAUCUACAAGGUGUUGAAGCAGACUCACCCAGACACUGGUAUCUCCCAGAAGGCUAUGUCCAUCAUGAACUCUUUCGUGAACGACAUCUUUGAGAGAAUCGCCUCUGAGGCCUCCAAGUUGGCUGCCUACAACAAGAAGUCCACCAUCUCUGCCAGAGAGAUCCAGACUGCUGUUCGUUUGAUCUUGCCAGGUGAAUUGGCUAAGCACGCCGUUUCCGAAGGUACUCGUGCUGUUACCAAGUACACUUCUUCUGCCUCCUCCUAA